ACGAGGGCAGCAGAGGAGGCGAGGAGCGCCGGGUACCGGGCCGUGGGGGGGAGCCACGGGCUCUCGGGGAAGACGCGGAUGAUGAACAAGCUUUACAUCGGGAACCUGAGCCCCGCCGUCACCGCCGACGACCUCCGGCAGCUCUUCGGGGACAGGAAGCUGCCCCUGGCGGGACAGGUCCUGCUCAAGUCCGGCUACGCCUUCGUGGACUACCCUGACCAGAACUGGGCCAUCCGCGCCAUCGAGACCCUCUCGGGUAAAGUGGAAUUGCAUGGGAAAAUCAUGGAAGUUGAUUACUCAGUCUCUAAAAAGCUAAGGAGCAGGAAAAUUCAGAUUCGAAACAUCCCUCCUCACCUGCAGUGGGAGGUGUUGGAUGGACUUUUGGCUCAGUAUGGGACAGUGGAGAAUGUGGAACAAGUCAACACAGACACAGAAACCGCUGUUGUCAAUGUCACAUAUGCAACAAGAGAAGAAGCAAAGACAGCCAUUGAGAAGCUAAGCGGGCAUCAGUUUGAGAACUACUCCUUCAAGAUUUCCUACAUCCCGGAUGAAGAGGUGAGCUCCCCUUCGCCCCCUCAGCGAGCCCAGCGUGGGGACCACUCUUCCCGGGAGCAAGGCCACGCCCCUGGGGGCUCUUCUCAGGCCAGACAGAUUGAUUUCCCGCUGCGGAUCCUGGUCCCCACCCAGUUUGUUGGUGCCAUCAUCGGAAAGGAGGGCUUGACCAUAAAGAACAUCACUAAGCAGACCCAGUCCCGGGUAGACAUCCAUAGGAAGGAGAACUCUGGGGCCGCAGAGAAGCCUGUCACCAUCCAUGCCAGCCCAGAGGGGACCUCUGAAGCAUGCCGCAUGAUUCUGGAAAUCAUGCAGAAAGAGGCUGAUGAGACCAAACUAGCCGAAGAGAUUCCUCUGAAAAUCUUGGCCCACAAUGGCUUAGUUGGGAGACUGAUUGGAAAAGAAGGCAGAAAUUUGAAGAAAAUAGAGCACGAGACGGGGACCAAGAUAACCAUCUCAUCAUUGCAGGAUUUGAGCAUAUACAACCCUGAGAGAACCAUCACUGUGAAGGGCACAGUCGAGGCCUGUGCCAACGCUGAGGCUGAGAUCAUGAAGAAACUGCGUGAGGCCUUUGAGAACGAUAUGCUGGCCGUUAAUCAACAAGCCAAUCUGAUCCCAGGGUUGAACCUCAGCGCACUUGGCAUCUUUUCGACGGGACUGUCCAUGCUGCCUCCACCAGCAGGGCCCCGCGGGGUACCCCCCACUGCCCCCUACCACCCAUUCACUACGCACUCCGGCUACUUCUCCAGCCUCUACCCCCACCAUCAGUUCGGCCCGUUCCCGCACCAUCACCCUUACCCGGAGCAGGAGAUCGUGAAUCUCUUCAUCCCAACCCAGGCAGUGGGUGCCAUCAUCGGGAAGAAGGGGGCACAUAUCAAGCAGCUGGCCAGGUUCGCCGGCGCCUCCAUCAAGAUUGCUCCAGCAGAAGGCCCGGAUGUCAGUGAAAGGAUGGUGAUCAUCACUGGACCACCUGAAGCCCAGUUCAAGGCCCAGGGGCGGAUCUUUGGGAAGCUGAAGGAAGAGAAUUUCUUUAACCCCAAGGAAGAGGUGAAGCUGGAAGCCCACAUCCGCGUGCCCUCUUCCACAGCUGGCCGGGUGAUCGGCAAAGGUGGCAAAACCGUGAAUGAACUGCAGAACUUAACCAGCGCAGAAGUCAUCGUGCCUCGUGACCAAACACCAGAUGAGAAUGAGGAAGUGAUUGUCAGAAUUAUCGGGCAUUUCUUUGCUAGCCAGACGGCACAGCGCAAGAUCAGGGAAAUUGUACAACAAGUGAAGCAGCAGGAGCAGAAGUAUCCUCAGGGAGUGGCCCCACAGCGCAGCAAGUGAGGCUCCCACAGGCACCAGCAAAGCAACGGAUGAAUGUAGCCCUUCCAACACCUGACAGAAUGAGACCAAACCCAGCCAGCCAGACCGGGAGCAAACCAAAGACCAUCCUGAGGAAUGAGAAGUCUGCCGAGGUGGCCGGGGCCCCGCAGAGGCCCUGCUCCCAGGGGCUGCAGCGGCGGGCCAGGAGGCUCCUCCAGGCCCCCGGCCGGCCCUGCCCGCCAGCACCUGCCCAGGGCCUCUGCGGGCUUCCCAGCCAUCCACUUCACCAUCCAUUUGGAUCUCCAAAACUCCCACGACGCUAUCCCUUUUAGUUGAACUAACAUAGGUGAACAUGUUCAAAGCAAAGCAGAUUUGACAGCCUUUUCUUUUUUCGGGGAACACUGUCUCUACAAUCUGUACAUAUUAGAAGGGGGAAGAUAUUAAGAUGUGGCCUGUGGGUUCACAGGGUGCCUGCAGCGUUAAUAUAUUUUAGAAAUAAUAUAUCAAGUAACUCAACUAACUCCAAUUUUUAAUCAUUUUUUUUUUCUUCUUAAAGAGAAAGCAGGCUUUUCUAGACUUAAAGUCUUUCUUUGGGAGGUUGAAUGGAGUAGUAAGGAACUUGGAGGCCACACGAAAUUCACCUGGGGAGGAAUCUCCCCGAGGACACUCCCAGCAGUCCUGGACCACCUGUGUGUGUCAACAGAAGGGAUACCGUCACUUUGAAGAGGAAACUCUUCAUCCCUGUCUAGCUCACACACCAUUUCUCUUUGCUUCACAGGUUUUAAACUGGUUUUUUGCAUACCGCUCUAUAAUUCUGUCUCUCUCUGUUUCUCUCUCCCGCUCCCCUCCACCUGCCCCUCUUUUCCAUCCCCAUUCUGUUGAAUGCCCUCACCCCUCUGUCUCAGACCCCUGUCCCUAUGCACCCCCACCCCCAGGCAAAGCAGUGCUCUGAGUAUCACAUCACACAAAAGGAACAAAAGCGAGACACACAAACCAGCCUCGACUUACACUUGGUCACUCAAAAGAACAAGAGUCAGUGGUACUUGUCCUAGCAUUUUGGAAGAGGAAAAACAGGAACCCACCAAACAAAGAAAAAUUCCACAAAGAAAGAAUGUAUUUUUGUCUUUUUACAUUUUGGUGUAUAAGCCAUCAAUAUUCAGAAAAAUUUUUCUUUUAAAAAAAAUGUGGAAAAAAAUAGCAAUUUACAUAAGGUUGUUGGCCCAGGGCGUUAAAUUUACAGAUUUUUUUAAACUAGAAACACACACACAAAAAAAGCUACCUCAGGUGUUUUUACCUCAGCACCUUGCUCUUGUGUUUCCCUUAGAGAUUUUGUAAAACUGAUAGUUGGAGCAUUUUUUUAUUUUUUUAAUAAAAAUGAGUUGGAAAAAAAUAAGAUACAACUGCCAGCCUGGAGAGGGUGACAGUCCAAGUGUACAACCGCUGUUCUGAAUUGUCUUCCGCUAGCCAAGAACCUCGAUGGCCUUCUUUUGGACAAACCUUGAAAAUGUUUAUUUAAAAAAAAUGACUAAGAAAAACAGAGAGAGAAAAUAUUGGAGAUGUCCAGAAUUCCAAUAGGGUACGCGCCAUUAGGGCUUUUUGCGCUAAAGGAUGAACAUGACUGGUUUAUGUGAACAAGCCAUUAUACCACCAGACUGCAAUGCCAGUUUCCUCUACUGCAAACAGUGUUCUGUGACAAAAAAGGAAAAAAAAAAUAUAUCC